UCUUUGGAGAAGAUUUGACAGUCACUCUAACCAAGACUCCCUCAGACAUUAGACGAUGGAUCCGAGAUGUCGUCUUCAGUCACCGUCGUUCACGCUCUUGUCACCCUCUUAUCGUUGGAGUCGGCGUCAACUGGGCACCACAUUGGUAUUUCUCAGCGCCGCCGUGUCACUACCGUCCUGCGGAUAGUCUCCAGUUAUGCGUGGGAACAUCGUGUCUCAUCAUCCAGCUCUCUUACUGUAAUUAAGCGUGUCCCCGACAUCAUUCCAAGGUUCCUCACGGAUCCAAACACAACUUUUGUCGGUAGUGGGAACAGUCAAGACGCGAAGAGGCUAGCACGAACUAGACAUCAGUUGGAGAUUGGAGAACUUCUUGACGCAAGGAUGUAUGUCGUGGAUUCACAAGGCAGGAGUCUGAGGGGUCGUUCGUUUGAGGAGAUUGUUGAGAAAUGUAUGGGGUUUCGAGGAGUGAAGCUUGAUCGGGGGAUAAGCAGGAGUGAUUGGAGUGUUGAGUACCUUAGCAAUGAUCAGAUACUUCAGGUGUCAGUAGAUGCUUAUGUUUGCUUCAAGCUUGGUGUUUCUGCUCGUUUAUGGCAAGUUAAGUUUUAAGAGAUGUAUCGAAGUAACAAAAUGUGCUGAAUCGUUGAUCUUUCUUCUUUUGUUAGGU